AUGGAGACUCCGGUCAUGAUGAUGGAGGUUUUCAGCAUGCCCUAUGCACUCUCUCAACAGAAGUGUCAGGAUUCGCAGCUCCAGAGUUGGGGCAACACCGAGGUCUUUCCCGCUUUUCCGUGCCCACCCAUGAUGACCCCGACGCCCGCGUGGCAAUCCUGGCCGGUGCCGAUGCCGGCAGUCUGGCCGCAAGCUUGGCCUCAAGCGUGCUUCGUUCCCGGCUGCGGUCCGGCGAUGAUCGUGCCAAUCAAUGCUUGUGCGCCUGUGGAGGUUCCUCCCCAGAUCCUCAUCGAGGAGGUCCCCGUGCAAGGUACUAGCUCAAGCGAAGGUGAAGAAGCGAUGCCGGCGAUGACUUCGUCUUCGGGUGAGGAAUCUUCAUCCCCAAGGACCGAGGAGGCUCCAGCUGAUCCCCUCCGAGACUUACUGGGUCGUCUCAAGGACAAGCUGGUGGACUCGGAUGAACCGGAGAUCUGCGAGACACCACGUGAUGAAGGUGCGGAAGACUCCGAGGAGCUUGACAGCGUGUCACCCAUCUCCGAGCUGGCCUCUCCCCUGCUGGGGGAAGAUGGCCGGAAGAUGGGCCAGGAAAUCUUGAAGUUGCUUCAGACUCCUAGUGGACGAGUCACGAUCGAGGAGGCAUCAUCGGAGGCUCCCUCGCUCAGCUCCACGAAGCGCGCGAGGAAGCAUCGUCGAGGCCGCGAGGCAUCAUCCAGGGGGCAGCGGCUCUGCUGCAACUUCGUCCUUGGCAUGGGAUCUGACUACGUGCCAGCAAUCAUAGGGCGUCGUGGCAUCAACACCAAGUCUAUCUAUGAGGAGACUGGCUGCAAGGUGCGUGUGCGAGGCCGCGGCUCUGGGCACCAAGAGCAAGGAAGCAACAAGGAAGCACCAACCAACCUCAUGCUUGCAGUCACGGCGGAAGCUGACAACAGCGAUGGCUUUUGCAAGGCCGUUGCCAUGAGUCUGACCUUGUUGGAGGAGGUUGAGCAGCGCUACUACUUCGAUCAUUGGUGGCAUCCAGAGUCCUUCCUCUUCUCCAUCCAUAUGGAGCACGAAGAUUUGAAGGAGGAGUUGGCUGUGGAGCUGGGCGAGAACUUCCUUGCACGAGUCAGCUGA